CAAAAAGGGAGCCCAGGAGAAGCCCCUCCAUUCCUUCUGCUCCAAGGGCGCACCAAGGAAGAGGGCGAGGCGAGGCAAGGGAUCUAUUCUUGGGGGAUCCGAGAGGGCUUCUUUCUCCACCAAGAGCAAGAGAAGGAGCAGAUUUGGAAGAUCCCAAGGCCCAGGCUCCUUGAGACGCAACAUGCAAUAUGGCAGCAGCGAUGGAGACUGAACAGCCAGGCUUUGAAAUCUUUGAAACAGCAGAGAACGAGGAGAAUGUGGUCCCGGAAGAGAAGGCAAAGUUGGAGCCGUACUACGUGGAAAGGUACUCCUGGAGUCACCUGAAGAAGUUGCUGAUGGACACAAGGAAAUACCACGGAUGCCUGAUGGCUAAGGCACCCCAUGACUUUACAUUCGUGAAGAAAAAUGACCCAGAAGGGCCUCAUUCAGACAGGAUCUACUACCUGGCUAUGUCUGGUGAGAACAGGGAAAACACACUUUUCUAUUCCGAUAUUCCCAAGAGCGUAAACAAGGCCGCUGUCCUCAUGCUUUCCUGGAAGCCUCUCUUAGACCUUUUUCAGGCUAGCUUGGACUACGGGAUGUACUCCCGCGAGGAGGAGUUGUUGCGGGAGAGGAAGCGGAUCGGGACGAUAGGGAUUGCCUCUUACGAUUACCACCAGGAAAGCGGGACGUUUUUGUUCCAAGCGGGGAGCGGGAUUUACCACGUGAAAGAUGGCGGCCCCCAUGGGUUCACGAAACAGCCUUUGAGGCCCAGUUUGGUGGAGACAAGUUGCCCAAACAUACGGAUGGAUCCCAAGAUAUGCCCAGCCGAUCCCAACUGGAUUGCCUUUAUCCACAGCAGUGACAUCUGGAUCUCCAAUCUGGAAACCAAGGAAGAAAGGAGACUGACCUUUGUUCACAAAGAAUUUGCCAACAUCGAGGAAGACCCAAAAUCCGCCGGGGUUGCUACGUUUGUGCUUCAAGAGGAAUUCGAUAGAUACACGGCAUACUGGUGGUGUCCCAGGGCAGAGCCAACUUCUGGAGGAGGCAAGAUCCUCAGGAUUCUUUAUGAAGAGAAUGAUGAGUCGGAGGUGGAGAUCAUCCACGUCACGUCCCCCAUGUUGGAGACCAGAAGGACAGAUUCCUUCCGCUAUCCCAAAACAGGCACUGCAAACCCCAAAGUAACUUUCAAGUUGGCCGAAAUAAUGAUCGAUGUGGACGGCAGAAUUUCUGAUGUUGUCGACAAAGAGCUCGUCCAGCCCUUUGAAAUCCUGUUCGACGGCGUGGAAUAUAUUGCCAGAGCAGGAUGGACUCGGGAAGGGAAAUACGCUUGGGCCAUUUUGCUUGACCGCUCCCAAACACGGCUCCAGAUUACGUUGCUGCCCCCAGCGUUGUUCAUCGCUGUGGAAGAUGAUGCCAUGGAGAGGCAGAAACUGAUUGAUGCUGUGCCUGACUCUGUCACGCCAUUGAUCAUUUAUGAAGAAACUACAGACGUCUGGAUAAAUAUCCAUGAUAUCUUCCACAUCUUCCCUCAAACCCAUGAGGAUGUGAUCGAGUUCAUCUUCGCCUCCGAGUGCAGGACGGGAUUUCGGCACCUCUACAGAAUCACUACCGUUUUAAAGGAGAGCAGAUACAAGCGGUCGAAUGGAGGGCUCCCUACUCCAAGUGAUUUCUUGUGCCCCAUUAAAGAAGAGCUUCCAAUUACUAGCGGGGAAUGGGAAGUCCUUGGCCGGCAUGGUUCCAAUAUCCGGGUCGAUGAAGCUAAAAAACUGGUAUAUUUUGAAGGUACGAAGGAUACUCCCUUGGAGCAUCACUUGUACGUUGCUAGCUACGAAAACCCAGGAGAAGUCAAGCGGCUGACGGAAAGCGGUUUCUCACACGCCUGCUGCGUCAGCCAGAACUGUGACAUGGUUAUUUCUAAAUUCAGCAGCCAAAAGACCCCGCACCAGGUGUCCCUUUAUAAACUGACCGGCCUGGAAGACGACGUUGCCAACAAGUCAAAGGAAUUUUGGGCCACCAUUUUAGAUUCUACAGGUCCUCUCCCAGAUUACAUUCCCCCCGAGAUCUUCUCCUUUGAGAGUUCCUCAGGAUUUGUGCUUUAUGGGAUGAUGUAUAAGCCUCACAAUCUACAACCUGGGAAGAAAUAUCCAACGGUGCUUUUUAUAUAUGGCGGCCCCCAGGUGCAGCUGGUGAACAACAGGUUUAAAGGGGUCAAAUAUUUCCGCUUGAACACGCUGGCUUCCUUGGGUUACGCUGUUGUGGUGAUUGACAACAGGGGCUCUUGCCACCGAGGUUUGAACUUCGAAGGUGCCUUUAAACAUAAGAUGGGCCAAAUUGAAAUUAGUGACCAAGUGGAAGGUUUGCAGUACUUGGCUUCCCGGUACGAAUUCAUCGAUUUAGAUCGGGUAGGCAUUCACGGCUGGUCCUACGGCGGGUACCUCUCUCUCACCGCGUUGCUUCAGAGGCCAGACAUCUUCAAGGUCGCUGUGGCCGGGGCGCCCGUCACGCUGUGGUUGUUCUACGACACCGGAUACACCGAGCGUUACAUGGGCCACCCGGAUAACAACGAACAGGGCUAUUACCUUGGCUCUGUCGCUAUGCAAGCAGAUAAAUUUCCUUCCGAGCCCAACAGGUUGCUGCUACUUCACGGGUUCUUAGAUGAAAAUGUUCACUUUGCACACACUAGUAUCUUGCUGAGUUUUCUGGUCAGGGCUGGGAAGCCCUAUGAUCUGCAGAUUUAUCCCCAGGAAAGACACAGCAUCCGAGUCCCUGAGUCUGGAGAGCACUAUGAACUUCACCUCUUAUAUUACCUCCAAGAAAACCUAGGAUCGCGCAUGGCUGCGUUGAAGGCAGUGCCGUGACGUCCCCCUCCUUCGAAAUCCCCCCUCCGCAGACGCAUAGAGCUCCUUAAGACCCUCGGGCCGAAUGUCGCGUUCUGGUGCCUCCCCCUCCUCUGACACAGUUAGUCGAAUCCAUACACAGUCUGUCUUUAUGACCAUUGCUUUUAUUUUUGGAAAAAUCAACCCGGUGCCAUACAAGGAGGAGACAGCUGUACAGGAAUAAAAAGAGAGAGAGUAAUUUUAAAUGUAAAUAUUAAAGUAAACGUCUGUGCUA